CCAAAGAAUGAACACAGCCCAUCUGCCAACAUGAUGCUACACGAGCCCCCAAUGGCGAAUCAUCUGGCUUCACUGAAACGAGCCGACUCUCCUCCCGGCCUCACCGGCUCGAAGUCAUCCAAAUCCUCGUCCUUCCACUCUCGGAAUUCUGACGACAGCAGCGUCCUGGCAGACGUUAGCCAUUUCGAGGAGAUAGGACUCGACGAUGUUGCAACCCACCUCGAUCGGGAGGCGCCCGUCAAGACAGCCCCCAACCCUUUUAGCACCUCGUACCCGACAGACCUACGAGCCGCCUCCCGCGCAAAGUCAGCACCACGCCUGCCCGCCCCUAGGGACUUGGGCAAGACACGACCUUUGCGAGAAAUCACUACCGGACCCAAGACACGGCCAAAAUUCCCCCCGCUACACACCACCGACCUUCGGACCAUCAAUGUACGCAGCACAAAUCUCAACACACUCUAUCCCGCGCCCAUGACAAGCCCCAUUCGUUCCAAGAGCUUAGGCCCACGCAAUGCCGCCAUUCUACCCUCGAGGCGCCGCAGGAGCCAGAGUCCCAACUUGUCCUUGGUUGCACGGGAUCCAAGCAUAGCGAUGAUACGACCGCGAAGGAGUAGUUGGCAAGCAACCCAUGAGCGCAAGUCAUCUUUGGAGCUGGAAAGAGAGUGCGACGAGGAUGACGAUGAUGACAUCCCCGACUAUCUCAUUCUGGACAACGUGCCGAUAUCCCCAAGACCACAAUCCGAACGUUCGAGGAGUCAGGUGAGCUCCAAGGCCAACUCCCCGGAUCGUGGACCCAAGGAGAGGGUUAGGAGCAUCGGCAAUGGCACUCCUGCCGUUGCCAUGGCACAUGGAUCUCUCAGAUCACCGACCUGGAAAACGGACAGUGCGCUUGCCUCGCCACCAACCUCUUACGGUCCCAACCCCAUAUCCACACCACCGAGUGGCACUGUGAGCCCGAUGAAGACGCGGACUAAGAGCUGGACGGUUGCAUUGGCUGAACUGAAUGCCGAAGCAAAGGAACUGACCGAGAAGCUGGAGGAGCAUGCCGAUGAACUGCAGCAAAAGUCCGCUCAGCGGUCCAGCACGGGUUCCAUGCCCACAAAUCGACCCCGAUCAGCUGACUCCAACGACAGCAAGACACGUCACAAAUCAGCAUUGCCAGAAUUGCCACCGCUGCGCAGGAGUAGUAUUAUGAUUGAUCCCCUGCCGAUAUCUAAAGAAAAAGAAGCCGUGCUCUCGAGGACCCGUCCAUCAUGGCUACCACCCAAGGACCCUGCCGAGGAGCGUCGUCACCUGAAAGAAUACCAAAAGAUGAUGGCAAAGAGCGCAGAGGCAGAUAGGCGGCGAGAGACGGCUAAGAAGCUCAAAUCGGAAUGCAAAGACGUCGCGGCGGAUACUCUUAUGCAAGUUUGGGAGUUUGACGUGCUCCCAAGAUGGAACGAAGCCAUUCGGGAGCGUCGAACUCGCGAGCUCUGGUGGAGAGGAGUUGCACCAAGGAGUCGAGGAGCCGUCUGGACAAGAGCCAUUGGAAACGAGCUGGGCCUAACCGAGACAUCAUAUCGCGCCGCGCUUCGUCGCGCUCGCGAGGCCGAGGAACGGGAGGCUGCAGGAAAGUCCACACCUGCCGAUCAAAAAUAUGCUAGCUGGGUGCGUGCCAUCCGACGAGACGUUGAGAAGGCCACUUGGACCGACCUCAGAAUCUUCCAGAAAGGAGGACCUUUACACCAGAGCCUUGUUGAUAUUCUUUCCGCCUAUGCCAUGUACCGCAGUGAUAUCGGGUAUGUUGCUGGAUGCAACACCAUGGCGGCUCUUCUGCUCCUUAACCUUCCCUCUGCAACCGAAUCUUUCAUCGCACUGGCAAAUGUGCUUAAUCGACCACUACCUCUUAGCUUUUACGCCGCCGACCCUGGCGCAAAAGCUACGGCAUACAGCCUUAUUCUUCAAACUCUCGCCCACAAAUCGCCAGCUCUGCACAAUCAUAUCACCAACUUGCCUGACAAUGAUCCCGAACUAUACCUGUGCGACCUUUUUACUGGCCUCUUCACUUCUCACCUACCAUUAGACGCUGCCGCACGUUUGUGGGACGUCUAUGUCUUCGAGGGAGACAAGCUUCUGAUUCGUGCCGCCGUGGCACUAAUGACGGAGAACGAAAUGUCUUUGCUUGGUACCACCAGCGCUUCAGAAGUCCAUACCGUCCUUCAAGGCCGCUCUUGCACCACAUCGUCUUCAUCACUAGGCUCCGACAAGCAUUCCAAGUCGCAACGCGUAGUUGGACGUGCUGGAGAGGAAGACGCAUGGAUCAAUGCCGUGCGCUCUGCUGGCAAAGUUUGA